AGUAAGGUUAGUGUUAACUUAGUCCCUUAUUACUUAUUUCUAACUGCGCCGCUCAGUUUCUGGCCCGUGGCUGAUUUGGCAAGGUCUGGCGGACACCGUUCAUGCAGGUUGUCAGACGUGACAGUAGCCGUUUGUUUUGUCUGUACUACCUGAACUGAGUAGUGAUUAGCUGCUAUCUAUUUUUGCCCGGGAACAGUUGAACCCAUGAGAAAGUCCUUUGGGAAUCCGGCGCUUAUUCGACGAUGCCAUUGUCUUGACUUCCCCCUGCCAUCCGCAGCAGAUGCUUCGAGAUAGAGGUAGCUGGGGGAUGGACAGCUGAACACCAUCAAAAAUCAGAGCUCAAUUUGUGCAUGCUUUUCACCGCACACAUACCAAGUAACACAGCGUUGAAUACGCAGCGACCUUCGUGCAAUCAGCCGUAUCUCAAUAGAGAAAGACUAUGGCAAUCACAACAACAACAUUGACCGCGAUGGAAACUCUAGAGCGGGACAUUGUCACCAAGUCUCUUCCACCGUUACUCAAAGUCCGCCUCCCGUUCUCACAUCGAGUCAAUUGCUUUAUCAAACUCUGGCUAUUCAAGCUGCUCGCCAGCACGUUCUUCUUCUUUCGGCGCCUUUUCAAACCACCUCCACCAUGGACGCGACCAACGCUGACCAAGAGAUAUGCAUGCCGGCCUAUGCUGGAAACCCGUAUUUUCUUCCCGCCCGAUUACCAUCGACAAACUCCCUCGCGUCUCUUGCCUCUUUAUUUGAACAUCCAUGGUGGGGGAUUUGCAUUCUUCGAUGCGCGGGUGGACGAUAAGUUCUGCAUUGCCUGGGCGAAGCGCACGGGGAUGUUGGUCGUCAGUUUGAAUUACCGCAAAGCACCGCUGCAUCCGUUUCCUACUCCCGUUUACGAUGUUGCUGCCGUGGCAAAUGCAGUUCUCGAAGACGAGACCCUACCAAUCGACAAAUCUCGUGUUGCGAUCGGUGGCUUCAGUGCGGGAGCAAAUCUUGCCCUUGGAGCGUCUCAACUGCCUGGGCUGAAGGGCGUGAUUAAGGCUGCGAUACCGUACUAUCCCAUAGUCGACUUUGGACACCCACCAAAUGAAAAGCUUGCUUCGAGACCAUACAACGACGGCCCGAAGGAGAACCUCGAGAACAUGUCCUGGUGGCUCGACUGGGGUUAUGUCAACGUCGGACAGAACAGACGGGACCCAGUACUAAGCCCUAUAUAUGCGAGAAAAGAGGACCUUCCGCCAUGGAUCUACAUGAUUGGCGCUCAGUGGGAUAUGCUUCGCCUGGAGUCACAGGACAUGAUCCAUAUGCUUGCAGGCUUGGGCGAAAGAGAGGACCAGGAAGCACCGUUUGAGAAAGGUACAUACAAAUGGACCUUGGCUAUGGGAUGCCCCCAUGCGUUUACGCAUAGCAGUGAAAAAGACCCCUCCAAGAGAGCGAUCAGGAAGCAGAUUUGCGAGGACAUUUACAACGAGGCACAUCAGUGGCUGAAGAAGAGCGUAUUGGCGUGAUGGUUGUAUUUCGAUUUGAGAAAAGGCUUGAGGUGUUAUUAGACUAGAAGACGUGUCUUGGUUUUCCUAUGGCGCGAUACGAAUAGAACUUGCGUAGACUACAGAUAUUGCCAAGAUCAAUGUCACAAAAUGCCAUUAUUCAUAAUA